AUGAUGCAAGUUUCGAUGGCGUCGCGUUUUGGUCACUUCAACAACGAUCAUGGUGCUACCAAGGAGUGGAGCGCUGCAGAUACUUACAAUACGGAGGAGUAUCUGUAUACGCCGCUCUCAACGCAGGAUUUAUCAUCCGUCAUUGAAACGCAGCCCGAUCAAUUAUCACCCGCAGAACAGCGUGCCACUAGCGAAGUUGAGGCCUUUAAGGAUAUUCGAGAAUACCUUCGUAACUGGCAAGCGUCAAAUCCAAAUACCCUAGACCCUAUUCAAGCACCGAAUUCUCAAUUGAAAACUGGCGAUGUAUUGUUGGGCUCUAUGCUCAAUGGCCGAGAUUCCCCCGGUGGAACAGUUUGGGACACUUCCAGUCUUUCAAAGGAAGAUGAUCUGGAUACUUCUGAAGAAUUUCUCGGCGAUCAUCUUGAACCGGGUGAUAUGGUGGCCCAGUUGACAACGGAUGGAACUUUUGCGUUUGCAAUCUAUGUCCGGUCUGUUCAGAGACAAAGGCAAUUCUACACAUCUCGUGGAAACUGGCGUAUUUGUCGAAAUCGCGAAAUUGACUACGUGAUCAAGGGAUUUGCUCCGCCGGAGCUACUGGACCCCAUUACACCUUACUUUCCUACGCGAAGACCCGAAGUAAACCCGGAAAUCCAAGAUGUGGCGGAGGGCGGGCUCCCCCGACCACUUGGUGCGCCGUUGCUGGAAAUGAUGGCAAAUUUUGAAGAGCAUAUUUUGGAGUUUUACAGAAUUCAUUCAUCGAAAUUGGAUCAGGUUCAUGAGAAAGUUUCGGAUGAGUCGGAGUUUCGUCGAUGUACUAUCGAAGAAAUGGCCAUACAAGUCUUGGAGAUUGAAGAAUCGGAAUUGAAUAGCGUCAAUCUCUUUGCCAUUCAUCAAGCAAUCCGUCGCCAUCCUUUUGUUAUUGAGAAAGAUUCCUCGGAUUUGUUUAGUUCCACAUACCUGAUACAGCCGAAGCGUAUCGGCACGGUUGUAGAACAAGUCACUACCUGGGUCCAUGAACAUCAGGAAUACCUCACACGUUUCGCAAUGGGUAAGUUGCAUCAAGGAUACUUGGAUCAAAAGGCCGAAAGUACGACAGGACGCACAACCAAAAAGUUUCCUGAGCAUCCCAUGCAACAAUUUAUCGCGAAAGCACAGCGCUUGAUUCGUCUCAGUCGAAAGGUUCGAUCACCUACGAUCAUGGCCAGUGUAGGCCCAUCAUCCCAAAGCUUCCAGCCUGGACAGGAUGAUAAGGCAAUGGUGUUCCGUGAGGUUCUUACUGAAAAGUUCAACGAGAAUGAUCAGAAAAUUCUGGAAUUUCUCCAAUUGUAUGCUAUUCCGGCUGUCAUCAUGCCAUCUGGUACUUUGAAAUCUACUGCUUCGCAUAUCAUGCGGGCAACUGGCAUGUAUAACACUCUUGGUCUCAGCGAAUCUUCAUCGAAGCUCUUCUUGCAGGAGCUUGGAGUCAUUGCUCCAUGGGAGAAUUUGAGUCUUCUAGACCAAAACCUGAUGUUACCUGGACAUGGUGUAUCGCUGAUGGAAGAUAUGCGAUGGGAAGAAGUCGAGGAGUCAUGCGACAGGCUUUCUGAUACGAUGGUCGAUUCCAUGAAACAUCUCAGAAAGGACUGGGGCGAUUUACCGGUCUACUGCAUCGACGAUGCUGAUGCACAAGAGAUUGAUGACGCAGUUUCGCUCGAGCACAUUCCAGGAUCGGAUGACCAAUUCUGGGUACAUAUCCAUGUCGCUAAUCCUACGGCUUUUCUAAAUCGUGAUGAUCCUAUCGUCGAAUAUGCGGCGUCUCGUUUGGCUACUACAUAUGCCCCAGAGCGCACAUACCCCAUCUUCCCAAAACAGCUCACCCAGGGGCAUUUCAGUCUGGCACCCGGUCGACCCGUCAUAACAUUUAGUGCAAGGAUGAACAUUGAUGGAGAAAUACUGAGCACUGAAGUCAAAAAUGGGAUUGUACACAACGUCAUCAGCCUUACUCACGGCAGACUGCGAAAACACUUCGACCCCGACCUUGUAACGUUUACAAAAACUCUUACCGUCGGCGGCAAACUUGUCGACGAUUUUUCAUCAAAAGAUAAAGAGUUGCGCGAGACCCUCACAUCCCAAGAUCAGGAAACUUUCGACAUUCUGCGUAAGCUUAUGCUUGGUUUCCGUAACAAGCGCAAGGAAAAUGGAGCCAUGGAUAUGCAGCCCUUAAGUCCAAACGUCUCUCUAUCAAUCCAGGCUGGCACGGUCCCACUGAAACCUUACGAAAUGCAAGUCACCGAGGGCCGAUACUACCUCGGUGACCCCAUUAUUCAACUACGCAUGCAAGAUUUCAACCCCCACGAAGUCCGCGAUGAAUCAAAGAAUUAUCUUGUCUCGAUGCUGAUGAACUUGGCUGGUCACAUUGCCGGUCAGUUCUGCGCUACCCGCAACAUCCCCGUUAUAUACGAUGGAACCUGGUAUGAUCCAGAAUAUGGUCGCGUCACGCAAGAAAACCUGACUCAAUUUGGUGGCCAGGCCUUCUUCCAAUUAGCAAUGCCGAAGGCCCUGUCCGCAUCUGAGCCAGUCCAUCACCACAUGCUUGGUUUGGAUGCUUAUGUCAAGAGUACAAGUCCCCUGCGCCGAUUCACAGAUGUCAUUGCGCAUUAUCAGAUUGAAGCUGCAUUGCGCUUCGAAGCCGAGCACGGCCGCCUACUCGAUGCUGCUUCUGAUGUACCUGACUCUGAAGAGACUCAGGAAACCCAAGAAUCUGCAACUCAGGCUGAACAUAUCCCUACCUCCGACUCCGACUCCACCUCCCUCCUUUCUCUUUCUCCUCUCCCAUACCAAAAGUUCGACAUAGAUACCCAUAUUCUCUAUUCCCAACCUCUGCAAACGCGCCUCCGUGCCGUCUCAAGAUUCUCAACCCAACACUGGGCCUGCAUGCUUCUCUUCCGCGCCUUCUACUUCGCUGAAUGUGCGCUUCCCGCUUCGUUUCCUGUUAUCCUCCGCACACCUCAUAUCCUCCCUGCACGUGAGGGUGUUGUCUACUCGGGUGUUAUCACUAAUCUGGGAGUCAACUGCACUGUCUCAGUACCGGAUGGGUGUCCUGGUAAAGAUCGCAUGGAUAUAUUCGGUGUUGUGAAUGCCAAAAUUACUGGUGUUGAUAUGGCCACCUUGGAAGUUAAGAUGGAGGCUCUUGAGCUAGUGAAGGAGUAUGAGCGAGUUGGUGAAUGGGCUUGA